AUGGUCGACCAUGGCCUCCAAUUCGCCGUUUCGCUGCAACAGAUGGCCGAUGAUUUGCAUGAGCUGGCUGGUAACAUCGAGCGCGGCCGCAAGCAAUGGAAACAGACAGGCAUAGCCGCAGAGAAGAAGGCCACCGAUGCCGAACAGUCGGCGGAGAAGGCGAAGGUGAAGUACGAGUCGCUCGCGGAGCAGUAUGACCGUGUUCGCACCGGUGACAAACAGGGUGGCAAGUUCGGUCUUAAGGGCCACAAGUCUGCCGCGCAGCACGAGGAGGAGCUUCUCCGCAAGGUGCAGAACGCGGACAGUGAUUAUGCGUCCAAGGUCCAGACUGCCCAGGCUGCGCGCCAGGAACUCAUCUCUACCAACAGACCACAGGCCGUGCUGAAUCUGCAACAAUUGAUUGCUGAGUGCGACUCCGGACUGACUCUGCAACAACAGAAGUUCGCAACCUUCAGCGAGAAACUUCUUUUGGGCCAAGGUCUUUGCGUUAGCCCCAUGAAGACAGAAGAUGGCUCUAUUGGACCCAAGAGUCUUGCCCAGGUCGUGCGACAAGUCGACAACCAAAAGGAUCUCCACGAGUUCAUUCUCAGCCACGAAGGAAACCCCGGAGCUGUGGCUUCAGAGCAGAUCCAAUAUGUGCGCCACCCGACCCUUGGUGGUGCCGGUGCUACUGGCGCCCCCGUCGUCGCGACACCCUCGCAGCCGGAGUCCCAAAAUAAGCGCAUUUCUAUUUUGCCGCAAGCCUUCUCCUCGCAGCAUAACCUUCCCCCGUCUGGACCUCAGCAACCGCAGCCCGGUGAUCGCUUGCCGCAAUCGCCUUAUCCACCCGAGAAGACAUUUACUCCUCCCCCAGCUGGCACGGCUCCUCCGUAUCCAGUCUCAAACCCGCCUGCCCCGGAAGCUCCACCAAAAAUCCAGGUGCCUAUGGCAGGACCUAACGCUAGUGACAAGAAUUUCCAAGCUAACUUACCUCCUCUCAAGCCAGUCUUUGGUAUCUCACUUAACGAUUUGUACGCUCGGGAUGGGACCGCAGUCCCAUUCAUUGUGUACCAGUGCUUCCAAGCCGUGGAGCUUUUCGGCCUGAGCAUGGAGGGCAUCUACAGACUUUCGGGCAGCGCCAACCAUAUCAGUCACAUGAAGGCUGUCUUUGAUAACGACUCAUCGCAAGUCGAUUUCACAAACCCAGAGAAUUUCUACCACGAUGUCAACAGUGUUGCAGGGCUUGUGAAGCAAUUCUUCCGGGAUCUUCCUGACCCCUUGUUCACUUCACAGUUCUACCACCAGUUUAUCGAUGCUGCUCGAUUUGACGAUGAUAUCCAACGCCGAGACUCUCUGCACGCCCUCAUCAAUAGCUUGCCUGAUGCCCACUAUGCUACGCUCCGUGCCAUCAUCUUGCACUUGAACAAGAUCCAAGAACACUACACCCAGAACCGCAUGAACGCAGGCAAUUUGGCGAUCUGCUUUGGACCAACUCUUAUGGGCGCCAAUUCCGGUGGCAAUAUCGCCGACGCCGGGUGGCAGGUUCGAGUCAUUGAGACGAUUUUGAAUAACACAUUCCAGAUCUUCGAUGACGAUUAG